UCACUUUAAACGGUGCAGCUGAAUGGGGAAGUAACACUCGUGUUGCAUGUUUCGCAGCAGUGAUUGCCACUUUUAGCUUGUGUUUCUGUUAUAUCGAAAAACAAUGUGCAUCGACGGCUCAAUAAACCGCUGAUCGAUCAUUUUACUGCUGUGAAGUGGCAGAACUGUAGAUCAGGAUAACAAUGCUAAGCUAGCAACAGUUGAUCUGAUGCGUUCCUGCGUUGAGUGAAUGUGUUACUCUUCACCUCUCUCGGGAUUAAACCUCCGCACUUUCCGCUGAAACAGGAUUUCUUUUUACUUCAGACCUACAUUUAAUCAUGGAUGCUUUUGAAAGCGAAAGAGCUCCCCUGCCAAGGAACAUGAUUGAGAACAGCAUGUUUGAGGAAGAGCCAGAUGUGGUGGAUUUGGCGAAGGAGUCCACUUCCUACCCCAUCGACUCAGAUGAUGUAGUCUAUGAACCCCGCAGCUCGCGACUUUUAGUCCGAGGCCUUGGGGAAAACGACCUGGACGAAGACGAGGAAGACUACGAAUCCUCCGCCCGUCUUCUUGGCAUGUCCUUCAUGAACCGUAGUUCCAACCAGCGCAGCGCUGCCUCAUCCUACACCCGCCACCAGCCUUCCGGAUUGUGCUCGAUGCCUUCAGCUAAGACUACGGUGGUAGGUGUUCUCCUCCUGGUUGUGGUGGUCUCCAUAAUCAUGGUCAUUUACUUCGUUCCAGGCUGCACUUUCACCAGAACGGGGUGCCAAAAGGCAAAUUCAACCAUGGAGAGAAUCUAUCCAAUUUCUACAAGUGAUGAACUUUUCCCAUGGACAGAGUUGAGGUUACCAUCCAGUGUGCAUCCAGUGCAUUACGAUAUUUCACUCCAUCCCGACCUGAAGAAUAUGACCUUCAAAGGCAGUGUGUCAAUCAAAGUGAAAGUGUUACAUGAAACGAAGAUUAUUGUCCUGCACAGUUCUGAUAUGAACAUAACAAAGGCCACUUUCCAAGAUGAAGUGGUCCACGUCCUGGAGUACAAACCUUGGCAGCAGAUCGCCAUCAAAUUUCCAGAAGAUCUUAAGAAGGGGCUAUAUGUUUUGAACAUUAACUACACAGCAAACUUCUCCAACAGCUAUGAUGGCUUCUACAACAGCUCCUAUGUCGACAUAAAUGGUACAAAAAGAGUUUUGGCCGCUACUCAGUUUGAGCCCUUGGCAGCCCGCAAGGCUUUCCCUUGUUUUGACGAGCCAGCUUUUAAAUCAACUUUUCGAAUUAAGAUUACCAGAGAAUCCAAGUAUAUCAGUCUUUCAAACAUGCCCAAGGUCAAAACCACGGAUUUUAAAAAUGGCCUUCAAGAAGACGAGUUUAAGGAAAGUGAUACAAUGAGCACUUACCUGGUUGCAUUUAUUGUGGCUGAAUUUAGUAGUUACAGCAGGAAUGUCUCUGAUACGACGGUGUCUGUGUAUGCCAUUCCAGACAAAAAGGAACAAGUGCAUUAUGCUCUGGAUAGCGCUGAAAAACUGUUGAAGUUCUACAAUAAUUUCUUUGAGAUCGACUACCCAUUAAGCAAGUUAGAUUUAGUGGCCAUUCCUGACUUUCUCGCUGGAGCCAUGGAGAACUGGGGACUAAUCACAUUCCGUGAGACAACUUUGCUAGUAGGGAAUAAUUCCUCCCCUCUUGACAAGCAACUGGUGACUUCUGUCAUUGCUCAUGAACUUGCCCACCAGUGGUUUGGAAAUCUGGUGACUAUGAGGUGGUGGAAUGAUCUUUGGCUGAAUGAAGGAUUUGCAACCUACAUGCAGUACAUGUCGAUUAAAUAUGUGUUCCCAGACCUUGACAUAGGCACUGAAUUCUUAAAUGUUCGAUUUAAAGCACUAGCCAAAGAUGCAUUGAACUCGUCCCACCCAGUGUCUACUGUCGUGAGCACCCCAGAGCAGGUUGAAGAGAUGUUUGACUCUGUGUCUUAUGAGAAGGGUGCUUCAAUACUGCUGAUGCUCAAUGCAACCCUCACAAAUGGGGAGUUUCGAAAAGGAGUGAUUGAAUACUUACUGAAGUAUAACCGAUCAAACACAGAAAGCGAAGAUUUAUGGAAUAGUCUUUCUCAGGUGAGCAAACAAAAUUUAAGUGUAUCUGAGAUGAUGAACACUUGGACUGUUCAUAAGGGCUUUCCUCUGGUCACAGUGAAGAGGAAUGGAACUCAAGUGACAUUGUCACAAGAACAUUUCCUUCUGAAUGCUGAAAACAGCACAGACUACAGCAGCUUGUGGCAUGUUCCCCUGACAUACGUGAAUGACAGCUGUAGUGUUCUCAGCUCCUGCAAGCAAGUGUUUCAUCUCAAGGACAAAACAGCCAUAUUAAAGCUUCCCGGUGAGGUGAAGUGGUUGAAGUUCAACCUCAGGAAUGACGGCUUCUACAUAGUGCAUUAUGAUAUGGAGGGGUGGAAGGCCUUGAUUGAUGCUUUGAAUGGGGACAUAAAUGUCCUCCCCUAUGAAGACAGAGCAGCUCUCAUCAAUAAUAUCUUUGCUCUCUCCAGAUUGGGAAGGGUGUCCUUCAGGCAGGUCUUAAACCUAAUGGAUUACAUCAGAAACGAGAACGAGACAGCUCCUCUGACUGAAGCUCUCUUCCAGCUUGAUCAGAUUUACAGAUUGCUGGACAAAAGAUCAGAAUUGAACUUGGUGUCUAGAAUGACGAGUUACAUCGACUCCCAUUUUGGAAGUUUGAUGGAGAGUCAGUCAUGGGAACUGGAAACUUCUGUGUCGAAGAUAACGCUUCGGUCCGCCCUGCUGGAGAUGGCAUGUUCCCUCAAUAGACUCAACUGCACAACACAGGCCAAACAACUGUUUGAUCAGUGGGUCCAUUCCAACAAGACUUCUCCGAUUCCCAGUGAUCUCAUGAGAACAGUCUUCAAAGUUGCUGCCCAAACAGAUGACGGAUGGGAUGUGCUUCUAAACACAUAUAAGCACUCCAUCUAUGACUCGGAGAAGCACAAGACACUGGAAGGUUUGGCCAGCACUCAGGAUGUACGGAAAAUUCUUUGGAUUAUGAAGAAAAGUCUUGACGGAAGUGAGAUUCAAACUCAAGACUUUCCUCUGGUGAUCCACACGAUUUGCAGGAACUUUGCUGGCUACCUCUAUGCAUGGGAUUUUGUAAAGGAGAACUGGGAAAAAAUCACUCAAAAGUUUCCUCUUGGAUCUUUUCCCAUUCAGAGCAUCAUCAUGUCUACAACCAGUCAGUUCUCCACAAAAGCUCAUCUUAUGGAGGCCCAGAACUUCUUCAGUUCUCUUGGGGCGAAAGGCUCUCAGAUGAGGAUCGUGCAGGAGGCCACUGAGACCAUUAAGCAGAACAUGCGAUGGAUGGAGAAUAACUUGAGCACGCUCCGGUACUGGUUGUAGUGUGAGGAGGAGACGGCUCCUCUCUUGUGCCUCUCACUCCCUCAGGUGAUGUCACCGGGCACAUGCAGGUGUUAGUGAUAUAACCCAUAUUACAGCCAGAGCCAUACACGUACAAACGUUAGAUCAAACUCAAAGCAGAAGGGCAGAUUUACUGGGAUGUAAAGGGCCUUUUAAAAACAUCUCUUUUCAGGGCUUCUUAUUGGGAAUUUUCCAGUGAACUCUAGCCAGAAGCUUACUAGGUAUCUGAAAACAUUUAGCCUUUCAUACCAGCUACGUAAAUGUACAAGUCUGGAUAUUAAGCGUAAAGCAGAUGUAUUUUCUUUCUUUUAAGUUCUGAGUGAAAUGAAAGGGUAAAGUAAGCAGCAUAUGAUUUCCUGUGUCAUAACUUUAGUGUUGCUGCUUGGAAAAGGUUGGCGUGAUUUCUUUUGGAGGGCCCCAACUCGGUAUAUGUAUGGCUCUGGCCUCAAGCACUAUUUGCACUAUACAAAAAUUCACCUCGCUCAGGGCAAAUCUGGUUGUUGUUUAAAUAUCAUGAUGCAUUUAUUCCCUUUUACUUAAUGUCGUUGGCUACAGACCAAAACCUCCCAUCAGUAUCUCUUAAAUAUGCCCUUAUCACGUAAUGCCAAAAACAAUAGUUGAAAUACUGAAAUCAUGUGACGUCAAGUGAUGUCGCAACAAGCCCCUUUCUUCUAAGUAUAAAAGUUUUAUUUAUGUAUAUGUUGCUUAUGUUUUUAAUCAUUUGCAUAGUCUGCAAUGCUUGUAAUCCAGCACUGUGUAAAUGUUAUUGCCUGACAAAUGUUCCAACUUUCAUCCUUUGCACAAGAUUUAUUUUAAAGUUUAAUUUUAGAGUUGAGUGUGUAUAUUAUGUAUUGUUUGUGCAGGCUUGCCUAUAGGUUAAAGAGAGUUUGUCAUUGGAAAGAUUAAGUUAGUAUUUCUAAAACAUAAGCGUGGAUUUUAUUUUGAGCUUUGCUAUGUACGUUCUGAUGAAGCUGAAAUAUUUUAGUUUUCUUGUAAGAUAUAGAAGAGGCAAAGAAAAUGUGAACUCAAACUCGUUUUACCCAUAUGAUUUGGCUCAGAGAGAUAUUUAUAUAUAGAUGUUACCAAGUUUGGAGAAGUCUUUGUGUACAGAGCUUUAGUUAAGGGUAAUUUGCUGUCGUCAAAUUGCUAUAAGACAAAAAAGGCCUCUAAAGUCACAUCACUGAUGGAGAGUUGUUAGAUUUUUUUUACUCCUUGCUCAUCUUCACUGGUUGCUACUGAUUUUUUUUUUUUUUUUAUUCACAGAUUUUAUAGCUUUUCUGGAAUUGUUUUUGCAGAAUGCAAAUGCAUUUGUCAAGACGGACAUUUAUGCAUUUAAUUUUAAUUUUGUAAACUCAUAAUACAGGCCACAGAUACACGCACACAAUUUAGCUUUAUUUUAAUGAACAAAAUCUACUGGGAUAGCAUCAUCAGAUGAUGAUGUGUGUGAAUAUUUGUAUGCAUGCAUUUCUAAUAUCGUUUUAGCUCCAUACAGAUUUUGUUCUUUCCAUGCGUGUGAAAAUCUUUGCUCACUGUGAGUAAAUUAAUACACUUCCAGGUUUUUGUUUAUAGCUCAGUGCUUUGACCUCAUAAAAUGUCAUAUAUGACUGGUACAUUGUAAUACAGCUGGUACAUGGUUAUUAUUUCUUUUGUUGUAGUUAUUUUGCCUUUGCUCAGCAGCUUUAUUCAUAUAUUCGUGUUAGAAGUGAAUGAUGGUCUUUAUAGGAAGGACAACGGCAGCAUUGUUACACUGUAAUGGACACUUCUAAUGUUAGUUUUGAGCGUUACAGUUAUCGAUGAAUGUAUUCAUGUUUAUUACUAUGGAUCGGUUUGAACACAAACAUUUUGAUUGUAAUUCCCAUGUAUUUGAAUUCAUCUGGAUUUCUAAUAUGGUCAAUUAAACACUAUGAAGUGUUGAAUCAGUUUUCUGAAAUUAUUUAGAUGUCACCGUUUCAGUUGCCAUAAUUUAGGAUUCAUAUGUCCUUCAUGGGGAGUUUUGUGUUAUUGGCUGGCAUUCACAAAAUAAGUAUCCAUGUAAUAUUUUUUUUUUCCGUGUGUUUGUGUCGUGGCUGCUUAAUAGAAAUGCUAUUUUGAAAAGAUUCCAGAUGUUGAACGUUUAAACUUGACAGUUUAAAGGAGAAAUAUGCUUGCUUGUGAAACAUUUGCUGUGUUAAAUGACUUGAAAACCUUCUAAUGCCUGAAGAAACAAUAGAUUUAUUUGUUUGGCCAGGUUGCAGGGGAAAGUGUCUUAUUUUAUGUUGUUCAACAGCUUCACACUGGGUUUGGAUUCUAUGUUUUUAAAAUGUUGCUUAAUGAAAAACCACUGACCCAACUUUAUAAAAGACAAAAAAUAAAAUAAAAUGUGUGCACAAA